UGGAAUUAGAAUAGAGUGAUAGUUUCAGCUGACGUGUUUUUAGUAUCUCGUUUGUUUUAUGUUUUGUCCAUGUUGAGUGUUUAUUUUAGUUGUGAAAGUAGUGUUUAGGUUACAUUUAUCAGUUUAAGAUCAACAUGAAGGUAAAGAUCCUGACAAGAAAUCCCGACCACUACUUAAGAGAAACAAAGUCAGAUAUAUUCAAAGCUCCCCGCAAUUAUGACCCUAGUUUACAUCCCUUCGAAGCUCCUCGUGAGUACGUUCGUGCAUUAAAUGCUGUUAAACUAGAAAGAGUAUUUGCCAAACCAUUUAUUGGCAACUUGGAUGGUCAUAGAGAUGGAAUAUCAUGUUUAAGAAAGCAUCCAACUAGAUUGGCAUUGCUGUCAAGCGGUGACUUCAAUGGAGAGGUAAGAUUAUGGGAUUUAUCACAAAGAACAUGUGUUCACAAUAUUCAAGCACAUGAUGGUUGUGUACGAGGAAUCACCUUCAAUCAAAGUGGAACCCAUCUGUUGACAAUUGGAGAUGACAAAACAAUUAAAAUUUGGAAUGUGGAUGAUAAUUUUGAUAAAGGGGAAGAGAUCAUCACCACAGUUAUAAGUAAGACAGUUUUGCAAAGCAUCAGCUACAAUCAGGGAGGUGAUAAGUUCGCAACGUGUGGUGAUGUUUGUCAUCUCUGGGAGGAGUCACGCAGUGAACCAGUUCGCACCCUCUCGUGGGAUGUGGACAGCAUGCAUUUUGUUGCUUUCAAUCCUGUUGAAACACAUUUGCUUGCUACAUGUGCGAGUGACCGCAGUAUAAUUUUAUACGACACAAGAGAGGCAGGACCAAUCAGAAAAUUGAUUAUGUCAAUGCGGACCAACCAGCUCGCUUGGAACCCAAUGGAGGCAUUCACUUUUACAUGUGCAAAUGAGGAUUAUAAUUUGUACACAUACGAUAGCCGUAAGCUCAGUGUCGCCCUGAACGUACACAAGGACCACACAUCUGCAGUGACAUGUGUCGACUAUGCACCUACAGGACAAGAGUUUGUGUCAGGCAGCUAUGAUAAGUCAGUUCGCAUUUAUCAAGUCAACAAG